AUGAUUGAAACCCGCAUGGAUGGGAAUGCGAAACAACCUGAGAAUGCCAAUAUGGAUACUCAAUCUCAUGAGGAUUCGGGGACUCUGAGUUGCCAUGCUACACCGGCAUAUUCCAAGAUGGAACUCUCGGCAUCGCUACCACCCCCGUUGCAAAGACCGAAUCUUGGUCCCUGGAUCACCGGGCGCGAAGACCCAUUUCCGACAUUUCACCAGCUUCUGUUAGUUUUGAAUUAUCUCUUCAUCACUGCAAUGCUUCCCAAAGACGACGCGACCAUACAGUGUAUUAUCUAUCGGCACUCUGCCGACUGGGAAAGCGCGUUCGUCUUGCAAUACAACGGACUCUUAUCGUGGCUAGCCAGUACACGUGAUGCUUUGACCGAUGCUCAUUGUCUACACACAAUAUCCCUAGACGACCUGGAGUCACAGAUCCGAUGGAUCCUUUUCAUGCUUGGAAGAUAUUCAUUGCCUGGCUCGAGCGUUCUUCAAGCUUCCUUCCAAAGCGAGGAGUACCCAUAUCGCCCGUUUGGAGUAAGAGCAGGCAUGGCAUUAGUCUGCCUCGCCUUCGCGGGAAUACAGCCGAAAGACAUUCAGGGCUACGAGUGGAAACAGAUUUGGCCUUGUGGUGAGCAAUUCUAUGCGAUUAUGGCAUCCAGACUGAAGGGGUCACCUUUAUUCGAAAACGACAUCUGCGUUUUUCAGUUGGAGGCCAUGGUGCGCCGGCUUCACCAAGCCUUUCAUUUGGAGGAAGUGCAUGUGGCCCUAACAAGGCCCCACAGAAUCUGCAUCGACAAUGAUGUCAGCACAGAGGAGUAUUACCGGCAGGCGUUUCUUUCAUUGCAUCCAGCAUUGCUGCCGAGGGUUUGUGAAAUGCUUCAAGAACCCAUAUCGACUACGGAAGUGAGUGCGCACCAUUUGGCUGAUAUAUGUGCCAAGACUUUCCAAAAAGCGCCAUCAGUGGAUGUACUUGAAAGUGCAUUCACAAGUAUGCCGGAGAUUUUGAAUUCCAAAGCCGAUAGAACUGUGGUUAUUGAAAUGUUCCACGUCAGAUUGUCGCAGCAACUGAACCAGUUGAACUCGGGUAAGUCAUAA